CCGUCUCCCCCUCUCUCGCUUCCCCACUCCCCACUCCCCACUCCUCCAUCUAUAAUAAGCCCCUCUUUCUUCUCAUCCCUCACACAAACACCACCACAACCAGCAUCACUCCAGAUUACUACUGCAAUCAUUUUACUCUUUUUCUCUAACAAGUACCAUCUUAUUCCAGUAUUUUCGCGUAUAUAUGCCCUGUUUCUAGGUCUAGCUAAUGCAGCAAAAGGGGAGAUCCUUCAACAGAAGAUCCAGGACAUUUUCAAGAUCCCGCAUUGCAGUUGAGGGUUGUUAGUUCUUCCAGCAGAAAAACAUUCCAAUUUUUCAGUCCUCUCUGAAAUCCCAUCUUUGUCAGCAGUCCAUCUUCACCAAGAUAAACCCCUUGCAUUGUUACUGCUGUUCCUAAUUGUCCUUUUGCCAUGGCUGCCAAUCAAGAGCAAGAGCGUGAGGUUCAAAAGAGUUACUGGAUGGAGCAUUCCGUUGACCUUACUCUGGAGGCUAUGAUGCUUGAUUCCAACGCAUGCGAUCUUGACAAAGAAGAAAGGCCUGAGGUGCUCUCUCUGCUUCCACCAUAUGAAGGAAAGUCAGUUCUAGAGCUUGGAGCAGGUAUUGGCCGUUUCACUGGUGAAUUAGCCAAAAAGGCAGGCGAACUUGUGGCUUUGGACUUUAUUGAAAGUGUAAUAAAGAAGAAUGAGACUAUCAACGGACAUAAUAAGAAUGUCAAGUUUAUGUGCGCUGAUGUCACAUCCCCGGAUUUGAACUUUCCAGAAGGAUCUUUGGACUUAAUAUUUUCAAACUGGCUGUUGAUGUACCUUUCAGACAAGGAGGUUGAGGACCUUGCCCAGAGAAUGGUCAAAUGGUUAAAAGUUGGUGGCUACAUAUUUUUCAGAGAAUCAUGUUUUCAUCAGUCUGGAGACCACAAGCGAAAGAGUAACCCAACUCAUUACCGUGAACCAAGAUACUAUACCAAGGUGUUUAAAGAAUGUCAUUCCUACGAUAAAGCUGGAAAUUCAUUUGAACUUUCUCUUAUGAGUUGCAAAUGUAUCGGAGCUUACGUAAAAAACAAGAAGAAUCAGAAUCAGAUUUGCUGGAUCUGGCGAAAGAUUGGCUCAGAUGAUGACAGAGGAUUUCAGAAGUUCUUGGAUAAUGUCCAGUAUAAAAGUAGUGGCAUAUUGCGCUAUGAGCGUGUCUUUGGACAGGGGUUCGUGAGCACAGGAGGGAUAGAUACAACCAGAGAAUUUGUAGCUAAACUGGAUCUCCAGCCUGGACAGAAAGUCCUAGAUGUUGGGUGUGGCAUUGGAGGCGGUGAUUUCUACAUGGCUGAGAAGUAUGAUGUUCAUGUCGUUGGCAUUGAUCUCUCCGUCAAUAUGAUAUCUUUUGCUCUUGAACGUGCAAUUGGUCUCAAGUGUGCUGUUGAAUUUGAGGUUGCUGACUGUACCAAGAAAGAAUAUCCUGAUGGCACAUUCGAUGUGAUUUAUAGUCGUGACACCAUUCUUCAUAUUCAAGACAAACCUGCACUGUUUAGAUCAUUCUACAAGUGGCUGAAGCCAGGAGGCAAAGUCCUUAUAAGUGACUACUGCAGAAAUGAUGGAACUCCAUCUACUGAAUUUGCUGAGUACAUUAAGCAAAGGGGAUAUGAUUUACAUGAUGUCAAGGCUUACGGCCAGAUGCUUCGUGAUGCUGGUUUUGAUGAGGUCAUUGCUGAAGAUCGAACUGAUCAGUUCAUAAAAGUUCUUGAGAAGGAAUUAAAUGCAGUGGAGAAGGAGAAGGAGGCAUUCAUACAGGACUUCUCUGAAGAGGACUACAGUGACAUAGUUGGAGGUUGGAAGGCCAAACUUGUGAGGAGUUCAUCGGGCGAGCAGAGAUGGGGUCUGUUCAUUGCCAAGAAAAAGUGAACUCUCGUGAGAUAUGCCUGCUAGUAUUAUAGUGGGAAUAGUUCAUUUUGUGUGUUCUGUGCUAAUUAAGUUGCUUCUGUAGAAUAAAGUUGGCUAUCGAUGAUAAGACCAAUUAAAUGACGGUUUUUCUAGUAGCUUGUGUGAUCCAUAAAGACUUGCUUGGAUCAUAAUGUGCGCAACUUUUCUGUCAAUCUUAUGAUGUGAAAAAGCUUUUCUUCUGGGACUCCA